GUGCUGCCUGUGCUGCCUUGCAUAUUAGAAGAAACCAAGACGACGUUUGAUACAGACAGACAGAAACUGUACAAUGCUGGGGCCAUUGUCACACUUAACUUCUAUGAUGACCAUCCCCAGACAAUAUACAUGCACCUGCCGUGUACUCGACCUCCCGUACCUUCCCGUCCUAUGACUGGCAGUAAGCGUGUCUCUUCUUGUCUAGGAACUCCUGAUUCUGGUUACAGGUCAACGUCUAGGGGAGGCCAGAUGGGCAGGAAAAACUCGACAUUCGGCAAAUUUGUGGAGCCUAGUCAAGAAAAAGAAUGCCGUCUUGUUCGUUUUGCAUCUUGUAUGGCUACCAAGGUCAAGACGUUGUCUUCGGAUGAUGUCACAGUAGAUGACCAGGCUAUUUUUUCUGUACAUGAGAAAUCAAGCACUUCGGUUGUGCUUGAAGUCACAGAGGAGUUGCUGCCAAAAGUGAUACAAGAUAUAGUUCCACGACUUCUGUCUAAUAUCGAAUAUCAAAAUGUACAGAUAUGCCUGGCUCACAACAAAAGGUGCCUUAACGAACUAGCCUUGUCAUGUGACCGAGCCUCGAACGUUAACUCCCGCCAAAUGAUGCGACUAGAGACAGACAAUAUCGUUACCACGAGAGCCAUAAAAAUGAGAGAGGGCGAUACACUGUGUUUAUGUUUUCGUGGUAACGUAUCUUCAAUUUCCAAUCAUCGAACUAUAUUUCGUUAUUAUGGAAUUCAUGGGAUUCACACGGCCUGGACGAUUGACAUAGUCGACAGAUUUUGUCAGAGGUCGCUUUCUUCGUUCUGUGGAUUUCUUCAAAUAUUUGUAUGGAAAGCGAAGCAGCCGUUUGACUGUCAGCACAGUGAUGUUGAUAACAAAGCAUUCUGGGAUAUCAUCACUGAAAUACCCAUCUCGCUUCCCAAGACAGUGCUUCGGCUGUCCACAAAAGUAGUGCGGGCUCCUGUAACAGUGCGAAACGAAGGGACAAUCACACCAGAAUUUCUUGAGAGUCUUGCAAAGGCUAUUGGGGAGGGAUGGCUUCCACUUGCAAAUAGCCUGAAUAUUGAUCAUCCGAGAAUACAGUCAAUCAAACAGCAACACAAGGGAAAGAACCAAGAGCUGGCAAGAGAUAUCCUCAUGACAUGGUUCAAACGAUCCCUGAUCGUAAAUGAAAAAACAUCUGCUCUGAUUGCGGCCCUACGUAACAGUGGUAGGGAUGACCUGGCAGAUGCUCUAAGAGACAGCAGCAAAAGGUACCGACGGGAGAAGGCCAGGAAUACGAGAGAUAAUAAGAUGGAGACUGUGAUCUUAUCGGUAUGCAAAAGCAGUCAAGUAGUAUCCAGAUGGAAGGACAUUGCAAGCAUGCUGGACAUGAAUGAAUCGGAGAUCCACACCAUUGAUGCUGAAACUGCAGACGAUGUGUCGAAAUGUCGUGGAAUGUUGUCGCUUUGGAAACAGAAACAAAAUGGAUAUGGGAUCCGAAAACUCGUUAAAUGUUUAAAUCAUCUUGGGCUGAAUCACAUUGCAGAUCAUUUGACAACGAUGAUGACGAAAACACCCUCCUGACGCGGC